UCUUCCUCGUCUUCCUUCUCUUUCUGCUCCUAUUCUCAUCCCGGCUCCCCUCUCCCAGCUCCCGCCGUGGGGUCUCAGCUCUCCGUCUCCCUCCCCCCCUCCCUCACUCCCUACCUCCCGCGAGCCCUGCUGGGAGCCUCCGGGUUGCUGCGCCGCAGGAGGAUGUCUCGCCGGGAGUCUCCACCACCGCCGCCCUCUCCACCUCCACCUGCACCUCCGCAGCUGCUGGGAGUGCAGAGGGGACAGGUGGACUGUGAGGACCGUCCGGAGCGCGCGGAGCCACUGUCCGACACAGAGCGGGAGAUCAUCCAGGACACGUGGGGACAGGUCUACAAGAGCUGUGACGAUGUGGGAGUGUCUGUGCUCAUAAGGUUCUUUGUGAAUUUCCCAUCAGCCAAACAGUACUUCAGCCAGUUCCAGGAAAUGGAGGAUCCAGAGGAGAUGGAGCGAAGCACUCAACUUCGGCACCAUGCCCGCAGGGUGAUGAACGCCAUCAAUACUGUGGUGGAGAAUCUCCACGACCCUGAGAAAGUGUCGUCAGUGCUGGCUCUGGUGGGAAAGGCCCACGCUAUCAAACACAAGGUGGAACCCAUGUAUUUCAAGAUCCUGAGCGGCGUGAUGCUGGAGGUGUUGUCUGAAGACUUCCCAGAAUUCUUUACGGCAGAGGUGCAGAUGGUGUGGGCCAAACUGAUGGGGGCAGUGUAUUGGCACGUGACAGGGGCGUACACGGAGGUGGGGUGGCUCCAGGUCUCCAGCUCCGCCGUGUGAAGAGUACGGAUGAAGAGGGUAAAGGAGUUUCUAGUGGACUUGAAAAUGAUGUGUUUGUAAUAAUGUAAAUGCAGAUGUAGAAGAGUCGGUUUGAAAGGUGUUCUGCGAGGAUGGCUAAAUUAACAUGGAUGAGACCGAUGUUGUAAUCCGUGCAACUCUGUACUUUCAUUUUGGAGAUAUUUUGGUGCUAAUCCUUUGUUGUUGUGUUUUCUUUUCUGCGUUGCACUUCCCAGACAUCACUUGGAUACCAAACAAUGUAGCCACACGUCAUUGAUGAUGUUUUAGCUUAUGUCAGUGGUGCUUUGAUGUGUGUAUAUAUAGCCAUGUAGGUGAUCGAUGCGAUACAUAACCAUUCAGGUGUUUUACUUCCAGACCAAAAAACACACUACGCACCACUUCCUCUGUGGCAAACGAUCUUCCCCACUAAAGAACCUAGAAGAGCUUAGACAAAAUAAAAUUUUUGAUGACUCUCCACUUGCUACAAGGCCUGUCAAGCUUUCCACUCAUGCACGCUCAACAAUUACAAUGAUAAUACCAACUUUUUCCUUUGCAACACGUGGGAGACAAUUGAAAAUGUUUUAAUCCUGAGAAAGCACAGACGAGACGAUCCAGUCGAGACGCAGGACCACACGCGUUUAACCGUUCAAUCAAACGAUUCCAGGGAUUUUGUGAUGUUUUGUGCUGAGAAAUGCAAAAAAACUGCGCAUGAAGUCACGGCUGAGAAGACAGAAUCAACUUGACUUGUACAAAUUACGGUUCUAAACAAAAGUACGCAACAUCCGUUUCCUGGUCGACUUGCUCUCAUUGAUUAUUGCGCGUUCUGCUCACGCCCCAAUCACUGAACAUGUUUGAUACUUGAAGACUCUGAUGUGUCUGAUGACGUUAAAAUCGCGUCUGUUAACCCCUCACACUACAGGAUGAAUUGGUCAUAUAAUGUUUUCAAAUCAGCCUAAAAUCAAAAUCAACCUGUCCACCACCCACCUGCUGGCCUUUAGGCAUGCUAAAAGACAAAGAAUACAAUAACUACAUUUAAUGAAUUUCAUCUUUCGAGUUUGCUGAUUAGCCCUAGCCCUAAUAUGUUGGUUUUUUGUUUUUUUCAGUAAAACCGAGCUGACUCUUUAACAUAAAUCUCCACAAAUGUGAUUAGUUAAUAAUGUGCUCUGUAGCAGGCUGCUAAUAACACACCGAUGAGUCGUUGUACACGUCAUCUCUUGAAUUCUUUGGUUUUGCGACAGUAAAGAAAAAGACAGCGGUCUCUAAACUCUGUAUGUAUGCUGAUGACAUUACGUGUUCACACACAAAGCUUCCAAUGGCUAAUUACUCAGUCCCUGUUUAGGGGAGAGCUUUAGUGACAUCAUCAGUCAGAGAUGGACACUUAUUACUUUACAGAGCUUAUUUCAAUGGAAACUUGUGAUUAUAGAUACAUGCACAUGAUUACACUUCAAGAGAGACUGAGAAAUGUUGAGAGAAGGAAUGAUUUUUAUGCUAUAGGAGGGGACACUUAGUAGUUUGUUGGGACCAUGGAGCUGCUGACUGUUAAUAGAUUAUAUUUGUGUCCCUCUACAAUAUAUAUCCUCAUUCUCUCUCUAUUAAUGCUCUUAAUCUAUCUUGUUUAACUUUACCGAGGUGUCGUUUGUAUUUGUGUACUGUGGACAAACUGUGUGUUUUUCCUUUUCUGCUCAAUGUUUUUGACAAAUAACAAAGCCUUUACACUUUUCUUACAAAUUGUGAAA